AGCCUCAUCAGCUCGGUCCUUGUGUCUCGUGGCGGUGACCUCAUAGCCAGUGAUCUCAUCGACGCCCGGCCGGUGCGCUGGGCGGGUUGAUCGGGCUCCACAGGCACUGGAUGGCCGGCUAGCUUCACUUCGGGUGCCGGUCUCGACUCGUGCGAGCUGUAACUCUAUACUUGACAAUCAUCCACUCAUCCUGCAGUGGAAACUUUCAAUUGUGUUCAACGCUGCUGCACCAAAUUAAAGCCGCCAUUAGGCGACGGCUUUGACCGAGUGCCGCCAAGGGUCGCCGUAAUCAAGAUCUAAGUUCGGCCAAGCUAGCAAGACUAGCCAUGAAGCUUACUGCAAUCCGACAGUUUCUCUUGGUGCUCAUGGCGUGCUGUGCACAUGCUGUCAUCUGUUCCUGCAACGGAAACUACACAGAUAGGCUGUCACUAAUUGAUUUCAAGAAGGCAAUCAGUCUUGAUCCACAUCAAGCCUUGAUGUCGUGGAAUGAAAGCAACCACUUCUGCAGCUGGGAAGGUGUUCUGUGUAGUCUCAAGCACCCAAAUCGUAUUGCUUCUCUUAGGCUCACAAGUAGAGGUUUGGUAGGGCAAAUCUCUCAUUCACUCGGAAACCUAACAUUCCUAAAAGUUCUAAUCUUGUCAGAUAAUUCAUUCACUGGAGAGAUCCCUCAAUCCCUUGGUCGCCUGCAUCGCCUCCAAAUCCUCAGCUUGGGUAAUAACACGCUUCAAGGAAGGAUACCCAAUCUUGCAAACUGUUCAAAGCUCAAGGAGCUAUGGCUGAUGAAUAAUCAACUAGCUGGACAGAUUCCUGCAGAUUUGCCUCGCGGGCUUCAAACGUUGGUACUUUCUUUUAAUAAUCUUAGCGGCACCAUUCCUACUUCUCUUGCCAAUAUCACAACGCUAAAUAAGAUUUCUUGUGCUUUCAAUAAUAUCGAGGGCAACAUCCCAAGUCAGUUUGCAACGUUGUCCGGGAUGCAAUACCUGCACGUGGGUCAAAAUAAGUUGUCAGGUCAUUUUCCACAGCUUGUCCUAAAUCUUUCUAAUCUCGUUAAAUUUAGCAUUGAUGGCAAUCGUCUAAGUGGAGAAGUACCAUCCAAUUUCGGCAACUCUCUACCAAAUCUCCAACUGCUCCUAUUAGAUGAGAACUUCUUUCAUGGGCAUAUCCCAUCUGGAUUAACAAAUGCUUCCAGGCUGUCCGUUAUCGAUAUAUCCAGGAAUAAAUUCACUGGGGUGGUGCCUAGCACCAUCGGCAAACUUUCUAAACUAUCUUUGUUAAAUCUCGAGCGCAAUAAACUCCGAGCAAGCAACAAGCAAGACUGGAACUUUAUGGACAGCUUAGCCAACUGCACUGAGCUAAAGGUUUUUGCGGUAGAUAGGAAUUGUCUCGAAGGCCAUGUUCCAAAUUCAUUAGGUAACCUUUCCAAUCAACUCCAAUAUCUAUACCUGGAAGAAAAUCAGCUGUCAGGAGAUUUUCCUUCUGGUAUAGCAAACCUUCGCAACCUGAUCAUUGUGUCAUUGGGUGGGAAUCAAUUUACUGGUGUGGUUCCAGAAUGGCUUGGAACUCUAAAAAAUCUGCAAAUAGUAUCACUAUCCAGCAAUUUCUUUACAGGGGUCAUUCCAUCAACCUUUUCAAAUAUGACUCAAUUGGGACGUCUCCUUCUAGACUCGAACAAAUUUGAUGGACACAUACCCCCAAUCCUAGGAAACCUCCAAAUGCUCGAAGAACUGAGAAUUCCCAACAACAAUCUUCAUGGGAGCAUACCAAAGGAGCUCUUCAGAAUUUCAACAUUAAUACAGAUUGACUUAUCUUUCAACAACCUAGAUGGACCACUUCAUCCCGAUAUUAGCAAUACCAAACAACUCUCAAAUUUGUAUCUUCCAUAUAAUAAUUUAUCUGGAGAUAUUCCUAGCACUUUGGGUGACUGUGAAAGUUUACAAGUUAUCGAUCUGGGCCAUAACGCUUUCAGUGGAAGCAUCCCCACAUCAUUAGGCAAAAUAACUAGCCAACAAGUUCUCAAUUUGUCUCACAAUAACUUGACCGGAUCAAUACCAGUGUCUCUUGGCAGCCUACAACUUCUUGAGAAACUAGAUUUGUCAUUCAACCACCUAAAUGGUGAGGUCCCAACAAAAGGAAUUUUUGGGAAUGCGACUGCCGUGAGGAUUGAUGGAAACCAGGGGCUUUGUGGUGGGGCUCUGGAGUUACACUUACUCCCUUGUUCUGUCACGCCUUUGAAUUCCAGAAGACACAAGCAUUCCACAGUGCAAAAAGUGGUGAUCCCGUUAGCCAGUAUUGUGGCACUUGCUAUAGUCAUAUCUGUAAUGUUGCUCUGGAGGGGCAAACAGAAGAGAAAACCUAUAUUUCAGCCCUCAUUUGGUAGCAACUUUCCGAAAGUUUCUUACCAUGAUCUUGCUAGAGCAACAGAGGGGUUUGCCACAUCCAAUUUAAUUGGUAGAGGAAGAUAUUCUUCCGUAUAUCAAGGAAAAAUGUUCCAAGACAGAAUUGUGGUUGCAAUCAAAGUUUUCAGCUUAGAAACAACGGGAGCACAAAAGAGCUUCAUCGCAGAAUGUAAUGCUCUGAGAAAUAUGCGACAUCGAAACCUAGUUCCGAUCCUAACUUCAUGCUCAAGUAUUGAUUCUAAGGGAAAUGAUUUCAAAGCCUUAGUAUAUGAGUUCAUGCCACAAGGUGACUUGCAUGUGUUAUUGUACUCAACUCGAGAUGAUGGAGACACUUCAAUUCAUAAGAGCAUUACACUGGCUCAAAGGUUAAGCAUUGUUGUUGAUGUCGCAGAUGCAUUGGAAUACCUCCACCAUAACAACCAAGGAACUAUUGUUCAUUGUGAUCUGAAGCCCAGCAAUAUUCUUUUAGAUGAAACUAUGACAGCUCAUGUUGGUGAUUUUGGCCUUGCAAGGUUCAGACUUGACUCCGCAACAUCAUCUGUCAGCAACUCGAUCUCAACUUCUUCAAUUGCUAUAAAGGGAACAAUUGGAUAUGUUGCCCCAGAAUGUGCAGCAGGUGGUGGAGUUUCAAGUGCUGGGGAUGUUUACAGCUUUGGGAUUUGUCUACUUGAAGUAUUUUUGAGGAAGAGGCCAACUGACGAUAUGUUCAAGGACGGGCUGAACAUUGCAACAUUCGUUGAGAUGAACUUCCCGGACAGGAUAUCACAGAUUGUAGAUCCUGAAAUACUAGAAGAGGAGCAUGCAUUAUUGCAACAAACAUCAGCUGCCAUGAAGGAGAAAAGCUUGGAGUGUUUACUUCCAGUGCUAAACAUUGGACUUCGCUGCACUAAGGCGUCCCCGAAUGAGCGCAUGGACAUGCAGGAUGUGGCUGCAAAGCUGCACGGAAUCAAGGAGGCAUAUCUGAGGGGAAAUAUAGGUAAUAGACUAGCUCUUUCAUUUAUAAUUUGAUAUAGCCCGGUUGUAGUUUACAUAAGUUAUAUAACGAAAGUGCUGAGAAAUGAUGGUAAGGCUUGCUCCUCUGCAGACUCCUCCCGUCAGUAGGGUCAGCAAACUGAGGCUGGCAACUUGAAGCUGCAACACCAAGGCUGUGCUUUUUUUUCUUCUUUAUGUUUGGAGUUCUUUACGAUACCCAAUUGCUGCUUUUGGUUAUGAUUAAUAACGAGUUGUUUGCAAGAUUUGAGAAGUAAAGAGCUUGUUGCGGUGAAGUCGGAGGUGCUAUCGCGAGGGUGGCCUAGUAUUGUUUGAUCGUCCUUGGCAAGUCUGUUGUGGGAGCUUAGGGGCUUGGUUUCUGCUUUUAGGUGCUGUUCCGGUUUGCGAACGGUGUUUCAAUUUUACAUGGUGUCUUCCGCUCAGGAGGCCCGGUGUUGUAAUCCUAUUCUUCUUAAAUGAUGAUACAGCUCCAGCCCUUGUUUUCUUUAGAAAAAAGAACACUUGCUACAUGGUAUAUUGCUCAGACAUACGAGAGAUCUCGAAAGAUAUGUGAAUAUCAGACGUGAGAAAACGCGAAGCACUCUCUCGAACCUGUCGUCCAUCACGCACGCAGGCAGCAAGAAAGAAGUCAAGCAGGUGUUCGGUGCCGGCAACCGUAAGCCCACUCACUCUGCAUUCGCGUGGGCUUGGCUGCUUGGUCUGG